AUGCUUCAUUUUCUUUUGUUCCGAAUCAGAACUGUCUUUCUUCCUGCAUGUCAUUUCUUCUCAAUGCCUUUCCAAUUAUCUUCACUUGUAUAUAACAGACGCUCACUCUCUCUCUCCCAAUCUCUCUCUCUCUCCCAAUCUCUCUCUCUCUCCCAAUCUCUCUCUCUCUCUCCCAAUCUCUCUCUCUCCCAAUCUCUCUCUCCCAAUCUCUCUCUCUCCCCAAUCUCUCUCUCUCUCCCAAUCUCUCUCUCUCUCCCAAUCUCUCUCUCCCAAUCUCUCUCCCAAUCUCUCUCUCUCAAUCUCUCUCUCUCCCCCAAUCUCUCUCUCCCCAAUCUCUCUCUCUCCCCAUCUCUCUCUCCCUCUCUCCCAAUCUCUCUCUCCAAAUCUCCCCUCUCUCCCAAUCUCUGUCUCUCUCCCAAUCUCUGUCUCUCUCCCAAUCUCUCCAGGACACGUUUACACUAUCACUCUCUCUCUCCGCCCCUCUCUCUAUCACUCUCUCUCUCACCGUCCCCAUCUCUCUAUCUCUCUCUCCCCAUCUCUAUCCCCAUCUCUAUCUCUCUCUCUCCACCGUCCCCCUCUCUCUCUCACCGUCCCCCAUCUCUCUCUCACCGUCCCCCUCUCUCUCUCUCACCGUCCCCAUCUCUCUCUCUCUCACCGUCCCCCAUCUCUCUCUCUCUCACCGUCCCCCUCUCUCUCUCUCACCGUCCCCAUCUCUCUCUCUCUCCCCCACCGUCCCCAUCUCUCUCUCUCUCUCACCCCAUCUCUCCCAUCUCUCUCUCUCUCUCUCUCUCUCGCACCCCUCGCCUUCAUAUCAAACUGCCAAAAAAUUAUUUUAAAAAGAAAAGAAAUAAUUGGCCUGAGGUUGGAAAAGUAUUGUCAUUUAUUUCAUUAUCUCCCAAAUUUCUUCCUGUGCUGUCUCCUUUUUCUCCCCCUCCCCCUCUCUUUGUCUCCUUUUUUCUCCUGCCCUCUCUUUGUCUCCUUUUUUCUCCUGCCCUCACUUUGUCUCCUUUUUUCUCCUGCCCUCACUUUGUCUCCUUUUUUCUCCUGCCCUCACUUUGUCUCCUUUUUUCUCCUGCCCUCACUUUGUCUCCUUUUUUUUUUUUUUUUUCUGCCCUCACUUUGUCUCCUUUUUUCUCCUGCCCUCACUUUGUCUCCUUUUUUCUCCUGCCCUCUCUUUGUCUCCUUUUUUCUCCUGCCCUCACUUUGUCUCCCCCUCCCCCUCUCUUUGUCCGUCUUCCAUAA